GUGGCAACUCCUGGCUGUCGACGGCCUAUGUCAAUGUGUGAGCGGAUGCUCGUGGAAACAGCUCGAGAACAAUUCGGUGCUCAGAGGAGGCCUCCUAUAUCAGGUUCAGGAUCGUUUGUCGAGGCGACAAUUCCCGAGGAGACAAUCCGAUUCUGUGGGGAGAACGUUGUCGUUUUCAGUGCUCUGGAACGAUUUGUUCCAGAGGUGACUGACUCGGAUCCGUCCACUUUUUCAAACUCAAUGAUGAUGUCAGCACGUCGUCCAUCAAUCGAGAAUCUGACAAUCGACGCGUCGAAGGUUCUCGUUCCAAUUCUGAACCAAUCGACUAUGAUAUUAAAAAAUUCAAAAAACGGUCAAGCCCGCAACGACACAAUGCCACCGAACGGUUCGAUGAGAAGAAGCCAGAAUUAGAAAAUAAUGAAACGAUGAAUGAGUUAGAAUAUGUUGAUUAUCUUAUUAAUAAAACAGAAGAAAUGACUAGAAAAUUGAAUGAAUCUACUGAUUCUGAUGACUACCGUAAUCCAUUGUCAUCUGGGCGUGGUUCUAUGACGUCAUCAUCAAUCAAUGAACCACGAAUGUUUAUUUCAACAAUGUCGACACCAAGAAGAACUCCAUCUAGAAUUCCAGCUUUAAUGACUAAAAGCUUGCAUGCUCCAAGAUCCUUGUCAACCCCUCAACGUGGUGCAACAGUCUACGGUUCGGGAGAGCAGCUUUGUGCUGAAAAUUCUGGAGUUGGAUUUUCAAGUAACCGGAGAAUCGAGACGGAAAUGCUUUUAAGUAGAAGUCAAGAGAAGAGAAAACAGAGGGCAAGUAGUUAUGAUCCAAGAUGUCUUCUUGCUCUUCACUCAUCUCCAUUCCGUCUGUCAACAUCUGCAUCAGCCACUUCUUCAUCUCAACACCAAAGAUUGUUGACGUCAUCAUCAAUCCACGUUGCAUCCUCAUACUCUCGACUUCUGCCUCGACGCCCUCAAUGGGUUCGUAGUCAACCAUCAAGUUCAGUCCAACUUGCUGAAUCGACAGUAUCAUUGGAUUCUUUUGAAUUGAUGAAUACUAAAUCCAAUUUCUAUUUGGAUUCCGAUGAGUCUUCUUCUGAUGAUUCCGAUGCUGAAUUUGGUGCUGAGUGUUCUGUUGAUGGUGUUGUUGAAACACCGAGAACACGUCGAAAGUUGAUUUCAGUUAGAAGGUUGAAAGACAGAAAUCGAAAGAAAUUCAAAUGUUCCAUGAAACGUCUACAUCCACCAACUUCACCAUCAAAAAUCUCAAAAAGUGCUUCAAGUUCAUCCGAUCUUACCUCAUUCUUCUGUAUCUCUUCACCAUAUUUCUACCUCCUCAUCGCAUUCCUAUUCCGAUUUCUUAUAUUUUUAUCAGAUACUUUUCUGCCGAUCUUCUGAUCUUUAAAACCUAAUUCGAAAUUUCGAAUUUAGUCGUCGUUGCGGGCUUUUUCAGGCCUUCUUGUAGUCUCGAACAGUUUUUUAAUAAGAAAAUAUCACUAUUGAUACGGUUACCUUUCACAUUAUUAGUGCUGAUUGAAACCAAACUUUUGAACAUUGUCAGAAAUACUGUUUCCCUUUUCUGUGUGAUUUUUUAUGUCUCUGGGAUUUUUCAAAUAAUAAAUAAUAAACGAUAUUCUCGUACA